ACAGCCAAAGACCUACAACCAUUUGUUUAUCUACAACUACCAUCCAAAUCCAAGGGAGGAUGAUAGGAUGUUUCUAGAACCACGUAACCCAGAACUCUCUCGAACCAUCAACACCUAUCCAUAACCCAUAUAUUCAACUCCAACAACGCUACCGUUCAAUUAUCAAGGCAGACUGCGAAUACACCAUCACAGCUACACAAUCACCGUCAACAUGUCGAUCAAUCCCUUCUUCGGUGGCCGUCGAUCUAACAUUUUCGACCCAUUCUCCCUCGAUAUCUGGGACCCAUUUGACGGAUUCCCUUUCCGCUCUCUCACAGCCACCGACCGCCCCAACUUCCCUCUCUCCUUUCCGGCGGAAACGUCGUCGUUUGCAAGCGCACGAAUCGACUGGAAGGAGACCCCAGCAGCCCACAUUUUUAAGGCCGACGUUCCUGGACUGAGGAAAGAGGAACUGAAGGUGGAGGUUGAAGACGGAAGGGUUUUACAGAUUAGUGGGGAGAGAAGCAGAGAGCAGGAAGAAUCUGGGGACGCGUGGCACAGAAUUGAGAGGAGCAGUGGGAAGUUCUCGCGGAGAUUCAGGUUGCCGGAGAAUGCUAAAGUCCUGGAUGUGAAAGCCAGCAUGGAAAAUGGAGUGCUCACUGUGACUGUGCCUAAAGAGGAAGAGAAGAAGAAGGCUGAUGUGAGGUCUAUUCAGAUUUCUGGUUGAAGAAUUUCUCAUUGGCUUAGAUCACUGGGUAUGCCUCUGUUCCUUUGUUAAUGUGGUAAAAAAAGGGGUUUUUUACAUGUGGGUUUGCUGUGAAAACUGUGGAAGUCGGCUUCUGUUUUUUUUUUUUAUUUUUUUAUUUUGUUUUGUUGAUGUAGCUGUUCUUGUUGAGUACUGAAUACAUGCAUCAUUUCUAUGUUCUA